AUGCUCGCUGCCUUCAUUGCCGUCGUCCUCGGCGAUACCGUUGCCAAUGUUGUCCGUCACUGUGGCGUUUCUAAGAAGACUGUGACAUCGUUUGCUGGAUUGGACGGUGAGAUUUUCAAUCUCUCCAACUCUACUGAUCGCCAACACCACUCCUACGGCUACGUUCAGUCAGAUGAGACCGCUUCCGGCCGGCGCAAGUGCUAUCGCGGUAGACGCCAACGCCAGUCUGGCUCCUUGUGGGUUCAGACUGUCGCUGGUAUAGAUCCUGAUAAUGGAAAGGAUGGAUGCCUGACUCAUGAAUGCCCAUAA